AGGUGUAGAAGCCAACUCUCCUCGCUCUGCUCCCUCCAGCACCAUGCCGUACAACUGCUGCCUGCCCACCAUGAGCUGCCGCACCAGCUGCUCCUCCCGGCCCUGUAUACCCAACAGCUGCCACAGCUGCACCCUGCCCGGGGCCUGCAACAUCCCUGCCAAUAUCGGCAACUGUAAUUGGUUCUGUGAGGGCUCCUUCAAUGGCAAUGAGAAGGAAACCAUGCAGUUCCUGAAUGACCGCCUGGCCAGCUACAUGGAGAAGGUGCGGCAGCUGGAGAGAGAGAACGCAGAGCUGGAAUGUCGGAUCCAGGAGAGGAACCAGCAGCAGGACCCUCUGGUGUGCCCCGCCUACCAGUCCUACUUCAGGACCAUUGAAGAGCUGCAGCAGAAGAUUCUGUGCGGCAAGUCUGAGAACGCCAGGCUGGUGGUGAAGAUUGACAAUGCCAAGCUGGCAGCUGACGACUUCAGGACCAAGUACCAGACUGAGCUGUCCCUGAGGCAGCUGGUGGAGUCAGACAUCAAUGGCCUGCGCAGGAUCCUGGAUGAGCUGACGCUCUGCACGUCUGACCUGGAGGCUCAGGUGGAGUCUCUGAAGCAGGAGCUGCUGUGUCUCAAGCAGAACCAUGAGGAGGAAGUCAACACCCUGCGCUGCCAGCUUGGAGACCGCCUCAACGUGGAGGUGGACGCUGCUCCCACUGUGGACCUGAACCGCGUGCUCAAUGAGACCAGGUGUCAGUACGAGGCCCUGGUGGAAACCAACCGCAGAGAAGUGGAGGAAUGGUUCACCACACAGACUGAGGAGCUGAACAAGCAGGUGGUGUCCAGCUCAGAGCAGCUGCAGUCCUGCCAGGCAGAGAUCAUCGAGCUGAGACGCACAGUCAACGCCCUGGAGAUCGAGCUGCAGGCCCAGCACAACCUGAGAAACUCUCUGGAAAACACACUGACAGAGAGUGAGGCUCGCUACAGCUCCCAGCUGUCCCAGGUGCAGUGCAUGAUCACCAACGUGGAGUCCCAGCUUGGUGAGAUCCGGGCUGACCUGGAGCGUCAGAACCAAGAGUACCAGGUGCUGCUGGACAUCCGGGCCCGGCUGGAGUGUGAGAUCAACACGUACAGGGGCCUGCUGGAGAGCGAGGACUGCAAGCUGCCCUGCAACCCCUGCGCCACCACCAAUGCCUGUGAGAAGCCCAUUGGACCCUGUGUCACAAACCCUUGUGUUACACGCUCCCGAUGUGGCCCCUGCAAUACAUUUGGCUGCUAAACACCCCAAGGCCAGCAGGAGGAUUGCAUGAAGGCAUGAAGACAGAAAGACCAGCCUUUCUGACCUCACAGCCAGCACUGCACAAAUCAUAGUCUGGAAGGAGAGCAUGGGCCUGGUGCUGUGGUUUGGUCCUGAGUCCAGGCCUACUGGGCCAUCUUCAUCCAGGGCCUCUUUAUGACCAACCACUUGUGUUCUGGUGGUCUGAGAGACCUGAGCUGUGAAGGGACCACACAAGGUAUUUUGUGGGUCUCUCUGCCUCUUCCGUCUUUUCUUGCAGUUCCCCCAAACCUAAUAAAUUUUCCUCGUGCAAACAGA